AUGUCGCCCAAAUUCGCUCUUGCAGUUCUGCUCCUCAGCUGCGUUCUCCUGGGAAUCGCAAAUGGCCAACAGCGUUACCAGCAACGCCAGCAGUACAAACGACCAGGGGUAUGUCGAAACAUGCCCCCUCCUGAUGGCGGUCUUCCCCCAGACAUGGGUCCCCCACCGAGUGGUGGUGCUGAUGGAGGCGCCUUCAACCCCGACUGCAUGCCCAACCAGCUGGCCAGCAAGAUUGCUGACACCAGGACACCUAGGCCCAAGCCAAAGACAGGAUAA